CACCGCCGUCAGUCAGUCAGUCCCGUCAAGACGGCAGCCCGUCAACAGCACCUAGUGCGUCUUUCGGCUGCUCAACCUCCAGCUCAGAAACCGAUACCUACAGCUUGGUGAUACUAAUUAGUUAUUGAUGUUACUUGCCUGCCAUAUUCAGACCGUAAACCGUCAAUCAAAAAUAUGAUUGAUUGCGUCUACGUCAUAUGCCGGGUCAUUCUGCGUCCUUAAAAAGUUUAAUUGAACUUUUUCGAAAAGUAUAAAACGAGAAACUGUAUCAGGGUCUGAACAAUUUAAGAAUAAACUUAAGAGUAAGAACUGGUUAGGCUAAAUUUUAUAAGUUGCAGCUUGAUUUAUACAAAAAAAUUAUAGAAGUCAAGAAACAAAAUCUUAAAGUUAAAAAAAAUCUUAAGUUCCUCGAAGAAAUACCGGAUCGAAGCUUGAGAUGCGACACGGGGAAGUCCAUCAUUUCCAGCUGGCUGUUUUACUGGCCGCAGUGGUGGUCUCUGUCCAAGUGCCCGACCCCGUGCUCAGCUUAGCCAGCGAGCGCUCGUCGAUCGAAAGGACGUACGAAUUGACGAAAUACCUGGAGCACCAGCUACGGGAAAUAAAGGACACUUAUCUGUCCUACCUCGGACCCCCGUUCAGCGAUCCGGACUUCUCCCCUCCCCGGCCAAACACCACAGCGCUCUCCCUGCCGAGCGCCGCCACUCGCUUGGACCUGUGGCGGGGCCUGGAGAACCGGGCCCGCCUGGCCCAGAACCACAAGGCCUACAGCGUGCUCCUGGGGGCGGUAAAGGAGCUCGCUCGAGCCACCCUCUGCCCUUAUCUCCAGAGCUCCUUGCUACAUUUCUCUGUUGGACUUGAUGGCCUGCUGGGCUCUAUUUCUGGUCUCAUGGCUACACUGGGCUACCCGCUGCCACCGCAUUAUUACAGCUCACAGACAGGGGGCGCCAGUGACACAAAUCCUGACCCUUUGACUCCUGGCUACUUUAAUUCGCAGGUUGAGAGUAUAUCUAUUCCUGACCCUCUGCCACCGGGCCCCCGAUACUUACAGACGGUUUCAAGCGGCUCUGACACAAACACCCGGGAAGGAUGGGAGGGACAGCGGGGAGGAGAAACAGAGGACAUCAUCCCAGAACCUCACUUGGAAAUGGACCGUUUUGACGGCGACCAAAACAACGACGGCGGACCUGAAGAUUCAGAGGAAGACAAGGUUGAGAGAAUGACAGGAACGAAAGCAGAGGGGUACAGCAGCGAGGAGAGGUCUGAGGAGCUGAUGGAAGAGGAGGAGGUAGAGGGGUGGGGCGGGAGGAGGAGGCUGCUCAGCGUGCCCGAAGGAGGGGAGUUGGAGGGAUUAAGGUUUGCGCACGGCAAGAGUGGAUCAGGAGAUAAAUGGCCGCAGGAGUAUCUCCCCCGGCCCCCCCUUCACACGGAGCCUGGCCAGCGAAUCAGGACAAGGACUCGGGUGAUGUCACCAAGACUGGAGGUGCCACAUGCCCAGCAUACUAGGGCGGGACAGGCACCCAGAGAGGUCCCUCAGGGCUUCAGCAAGAACAGUAACAACAAUCAUCUGAUUGACUUUCCCUUGCAGUACAUGGGUAAACCUGUAGUGGGUGAUAGCAGGAGGUCGGAAUACUUCUCCUCCUCUCCAGCUCCCCGCCAUCGUUCUCCCCGUUCCGUGCUGUCCUCCCUCUAUACCUCCACUCUCCACCCCCCACUCUCUCCCUUCUCCCUGCUCUACCAGUUCGGGGCUCAGGAAGGGCACAGCCUACUGGCUGACCUGGCCCACGGGAGCCCCCUGCCCAUCCUGGCGUCGCUGUCUGCACCCCCUCUGCUCGCCGCUCCCAUGCUCAAUGACUUUUCCAGGAAGGUGGAGAGCUUCUGGGUACUGCGUGAACUUCAGAGCUGGCUGUGGAGAUCAGCCAAGGAUUUCAACCAUCUAAAGAAGAGGCUGAGGGCCUGAGAUGGACGCAGGGACCCUAUAUUAGCACUAGCCAGUAGGGAGUCGUGGCAACAGUCAGAGUGACUCUCUGGGCUGUACAAAGUAUUAAUUGUGCACUAAGAUACUUCACCGCAAAGUGACACACUCUCACCGAGUGACUGGACACUUCGGCACCAUGGCCCUGAAGGCGGCCGGGUCAAAAGUAACACAGUCGGGAAUCACUGAUACUGUGUCCAAGGGGAAAGGGGAGGGAGAGGAUGACCGAUUGAAAGAAAAGAGUGAUUUAAUAGAAAACCCAGACACUGACUCAGCGCCUGAGCUUCGGAAAGCGGCAGCGGGGGGGUGGGGUGUUAGAAAGUAGGGGAGAGGUUACCCCGGUACAUUGAAACCCUGACACAGCACAUUUCCCUCCAUCAUACAUUCCAUCCCCCUCUUUUCCAUUCUGUUCGGCCCCCACCUUUGCAGCCGACCUUAACAAGUCCUCCUGUUUGUUCGACACCCCCCCCCUUCAUGACGCACACUAUUAUGCCUUUAUCCUCAGCUAUUUUUAAACGGUGGAUUUAAACCGUAUGCCUGCUUGCACGACACGGUACUGCCGGUUCCGCCGAGGGUCCUCUGACUCUCCCGAUAAUGAUAAAGUGGUCAGAGAAUAAUGUUGUAGGGAACAACUGACAGGUGGGGGCAGUUAAUACACACAUGGCUACGUUAACCACUUCCCCAGUAACACCUCAGAUCAUAAGACGCACAUUACAGAAAUACUGCAUCACGCUCAAUCCAUGUUGUUCUAUUACCGGUAAUUAGCCAAUGGUUAACUUUCGACAUUAAGUUAAAAACAGGUAUAUAUAAUGAACUGGAUAAUAUACAGAGGCACCCGUAUGGUUUUGAUGGUUUACCUAAAGUAUAUUUUGGUAUAUGUGCACCUGUUUGUUUAUUUAUCACUAUGACUCUGAACGCUGUGGUAAUAUUUAUUGAAUGCAACUAUUUAUUUGCUGAUGUGAAAAGCAGACUGUGGUAAUAUAUAGAGGUAAUUAUACAGGAAUUUUAAUAGAGACGUACGAUACUCUGUAUCAUUUUGAUUAUUUCUGUAUGGACACUUCAAUGAGAUGGAAGACUAACGCGGUAUAAACAUGUAGUUAACAGUAACCAGAGUAAUUAGUGCGUGACUGCUUGGUACUGGAGAACUGAGUAAUGGUAGAAUACGGAUUAGUACCGGAUAUGAUAGUCGAGGAGUGAAAAUCAGUGCGUUUCGUGGAUGAGGCUGAUACCAUACAGCGGUUUUGUUUAUAUAGCUGACGGGACGCAGAAGUAAAGCCACGACUUUUUGUUCCUCUGCCUUUCUUCUUGCCUCCCCCUCCUUAAUUUACCUUCCGCUCUAUCACACCUCCUCCUCCUCCUCCUCCUCCUCCUUUGUGACACACCAUAAUCUGGCCUUGCCCACGUCUCUCACGCCUCACGGAUCACGGGAGCUGCAGGAGAGGAUUUCGGGGGCAAAAGAGCGCGGCGAGAGACGUCUGAAGAGACACGUCUGAGGCGGGCACGCCGGUACAGACACUCACCGAAGCUGCAGAGGCUCCCCUCCCUCCGCUCCGUGCCCCUCAGGCUGAGUUUGGUGCAGUGAAAUUAAGGGAUCAAUGAGAAUCCCUCUCUCCCUCCCUCCGAGCUACACACCUGCGCGCCCUCUUUUCCUGUCACACCCUGGUCCCCCCCCGUCCUCUCACGCACGGUGCCAGUUCUAAUAUCUUCUCUCAGACUAACGGCGGCAGCAGUCAAGCUGACAACAUCGGGCGGGAGAGGAAAAAAAACCAGUAGGCAAAAGGGCAGGAAGGCUGUGAAAGUGAGGCUUUUUCCAGGCCACUUCCGGGCAGUCCUGUGCGGAGUCCGAAGGAUGACAAAAGAAGAGACAGAGGGAACAGUGAGAGAAAGGAUGGAGAGAAAGAAGUGAUUGUGGCAUCAUCCUGAAAUGCUGACACACAGUCACGCUGACUCACUGAUUCACCGCGGGGAGAGGAGAUUAGAGGGUUAACUCAGAGCGGUGCCGGCAUGCUGGGCUUGCCCUUCUGACUCACCAUCGUCACGGGACCGGGGAGGAGCAGGGAUGCCCCCGCCGGGGAAAGGGAGGGCACGGCAACUCCGAGCAGUCAGAUCUUCCCGCGAGGUCACCGGAUUUACACUGACCUCUGAGUCGGGCCUGGUGCAGGAGCUGCAUGCAUGUUAUUCGAAGAACGAGCCAACCACAAUGGCAGCUUUGUGGUUCAUCGCCCAGGCGCGUGCAACGUGCACUCAGUGCGCUGGCUCACAUGCGUGUGUGUGUGUCUCUGUGAAUCACUGUGCGUAGGUGUUUGUAUGUUUCACAUCCUGAUACCGACUUCCAAAUAUGUGCUUCAUGUACGUCACUUUUACAAAUAUUAUUUAAUUUAAAUCACAAUAUAAUGCCUAAAGAAUCUCCUGACCUAUGAAAAGGGUAUGAGGUUCUUCUGACAAGUGCUGGUAUAAGGCAGGACUGUGUUGUGCACUUACACUAAUAUUUGACAAUAGGUAUGUAAGUCACCCAUAGAGCUGAUUGGGAACAAUAACCAGCAGCAAUAAACUUUUUCUUUUGCCACGUUUACACUGUAUCCACUUUUCUCAGUGCAAAAUAUACACAGUUUCAUCUCUA